AUGAUUACCUUUGUCCAGUUCGCCAGCUUUUUCAUAUUCCUGGUGUCGGUGGAAACGGUGGCGACGGUGGGUAGUGCGGUACUCAACACGUGGGUAGGAGGGGGCAGUGAGCUUCGCGUCCAUUUCUACAAGAACUCAACCGUUGAAGAUGAGGGUGGUCAUGCAUUCUGGGAUAGUUUACAAUCUGAGAACCAGUGCUGCGGCGUAGACGGUCCCCAGGACUACGCUAUUGUCCAUCGCGAGAUCCCAUCCUCGUGCUGUGCCCGAGCACACCCGCUUAGAGAAGGUGGAGCUAGGAGGCACCUUCAUGCGUCUUGUCUCUCUGAAAAAUCAUACUAUAUGACAGGUUGCGAGGAGACUCUUCGUCAGAAAAAAUCAUUUAAAGGAAAGAUAUUUAUAACUACUGGAGUUGUUUUCGUGUUGCUUGAGAUCAUGUGCAUAAUCCUAGCUAUUUGGAUGGCUAGAACGAUAAGGUCUGAGCGUCGAAGAUUGCAGCAAAACUUACAAGCUCACUUCGAAACCUAA